UUUUAUUAAACACGCGUUCUUCAACUGUUGAGUUCUGGUCGAACAGGUUUUGAAGAGACUCUGUCCAACGUUGAUUGAUGGCAGCACGAUCUGUCAGGAUUCCAACACCAUCUCUCGACCUCAAAAAGGAUUCUAUGAAGGAGGAGGGAAAAGAGGAAGGCGGAGGAGGACUAUUUAAAGGGAGCGAGUGAGUGAGGAGCACACAGAUGUGAGAUCUAAAGAAGUGGAAACGUGAGUAUCAAAGUGAGGAGGCCAGGUGUGAACAGAGUACCAUGGCGGACAGUCAGAAGCGUCUGCGGGUGCAACGAGGCCUCACCUUCGUCACGGGCCUGGUGGAGUGUCUGUGUUUUGCAGGGAUCGUAUUCGGGUGGGCUUCUCUCGUCUUCGUCCUCAAGGAAGAGGACUACUUUGUCUCCUUCUGCGUCAACGCCACCGGUGUCAAUGGCUCGCAGUUCUUGGAUUGCGGCGGACAGGACGAACAGUUCUCCCUGGUCUUCACCAUCGCAUCCUUCAGCAAUAAUUUCCUCACUCUGGUCAGCGGCUUCAUCUUCGACCACCUUGGCACCACCGUGGCUCGGCUCUUGGGAAUAGGUUUCCACACCUUGGGUACCUUGAUGGUGGUGUUCUCAAGUUCAGAUCUAUCCGUCCUGCUUUUCCCCGCUCUGUCCUUCAUUUCUGUGGGUGGAAUCAUGCUGCUCAUCACCAACAUGCAGGUGGGCAACCUUUUUGGCACUCGCCGUUCCACCAUCAUCACGCUUUACAACGGGGCCUUUGACUCUUCCUCAGCACUCUUCUUCGUCAUCAAGUUGCUCUACGAGUCUGGCAUCUCUCUCCAUGCCAGCUUCCUGUUCGUGUCUGUCUGCAGCAUCAUUCACGUGCUCAGGACUCUCUUCCUGUUGCCCAGAACCUUCAUACCAUACCCUCUGCCUGACCACUACACAUACGGGCUAUCCUGCAGCCAACUCAGGACUUCCAAGCAGUCGAUGAAUGUGAGCUCUCGGGAGAUGGAAGAGGAAGAAAAAUUUGACUGCAAAGCACCUGUAAAACCAGAAAAAAGUUUCCGUGAGUGUAUUCUUUCCCGACUGUUCAUGUGGCACCUCCUUUGGUUGUCUGUGAUCCAGUUGAGACAUUAUCUGUUCAUCGGCACCCUCUACCCCACGCUGCAAAUGUUGACUGAUGGAGAGCCCUCACUGGUGAGCCAGUACAUCAACGCCUUUGCGUUCACACAACUGUGCGGGGUGCUGUGUGCUCCCUGGAACGGACUCAUCAUGGACAGACACAAGCGCAAACCGCGGGUGGAAGGAAUGAGUGAGCAAGAAGCAGAUCUGAAUUCUGCAGUUCUGUCACUCCUCCUGACGUCGGUGAUGGCGUUGGUGUUCUCCGUUUGUGCCGCCAUACCAAUCUUGCCCCUGCAGUACUUCACCUUCAUUGUGCAAGUACUCAACCGCUCCUUCCUGUACGGUGGAAACGCAGCUUUCAUCAGCGUGGCUUUCCCAUCACAUCACUUCGGGAAGCUAUACGGCCUCGUCAUGGCGGGGUCCGCAAUCUUCUCCUUACUGCAGUAUGCCUGCUUCGCCUUGGUGAAGUCGGUUCUGCACGGAGAUCCUUUAUAUGUGAACAUCGCUCUGACGCUGCUCACCCUGCUCGCCUUCAUCCACCCCAUGUCUGUCUUUUUGCACUGUCGAAGCCUGGCGUCCCGGCGAGCUAAGGACCAGCCUGAGUAGCGGGAAAAAUAUAAGCCGAUGACAACAUUCUCAGUCAUCAGUAGUGCUGACACGGACACACCGGUGGCGCUGACAAUUGCAAGUGCAGUCAGAAAGCUUUAUUUUUUGCCACUGUGGCCAGUAUACAUAUUGUACUUUCCAUAGUAAGUAUCCAACACAGGAGCACAUGGCCAGUUAAGCCUCUUCACAUGGAUAAUUGCAUAAUGUUUACGUAUAGAAAACAAAGAAGAAAGGUUUCAAGAACUGUGGAGUGACCACGACACCAGAGGUUCUUAAAGGGGAACAUUAUCACAAUUUCAGAAGGGUUAAAACCAUUAAAAAUCAGUUCCCAGUG